AUGAUUAUUAAAUCAAAUCCAUCUUCAAUUAAUUUGUCAUUAUGUGGAUGUGGAUUUCUAGGUGUCUAUCAUAUUGGUGUUGUGUGUGCAUUCAAAGAACAUACACCACAAGUUCUCGAUAGGAAUAAAAUGGCUGGCUGUUCAGCAGGUUCACUUGUUGCUGCAUGUGCACUGAGUGGUUGUUGUCUGGGACAAAUGUGUAGUGAUGCACUUGAAAUUGCUAUACGUGCACGUAGUCGUGCACUAGGACCAUUACAUCCAACAUUCAAUAUUGUUGACAUUAUACGUAAUGGUCUACGAAGAAUUUUGCCACCAAAUGCACAUGAAAUAUGUUCGGGACGUUUAUUUAUAUCCUUAACCCGUUGGAAAGAUAAUAAAAAUGUAAUUAUUAAUCAAUUUAAAAAUCGUGAAGAACUUAUUCAAGUACUUAUCUGCUCAAGUUUUGUACCAUAUUGGUCUGGAAUAAUUCCACCGAAAUUUCGUGGUGAAUAUUAUUGGGAUGGUACUUUAACAAAUAAUAAUCCAAUUAUUGAUGAAGAAACCGUAUUAGUGUCACCAUUUGCUGGUGAAAAUGAUAUUUGUCCACGUAAUGAAUCAGGAUCUUUCUAUAGUAUUGAUAUUCGAGGAACUGAUAUUUCAUGUACACAGGAGAAUUUCUAUCGUUUGACUCAUGCAUUAUUUCCACCGAAUUUAUCAGUAUUAAAAGAAAUUUGUUGGCGUGGUUAUAUUGAUGGUUUAAAGUUUUUACAAAUACGAAGUACGAACGUUUAUUCUUAUCUUCUUUUUGUCUCGCGUGGUUUUCAUAGGCAACAAAUAAAUUAUUUAGAUAUGAUAAAAUCUUCAGAUUUAACAGUGCAGACAACUAUAUCAUCUGCACUUGGCUGUGAUUAUACAGAACCAGCUGAUCAAGAAGAGAAACAAUUAGGAGAUAGUGGCUUUCUACAUGAUGUUGAUCAAAUGUUUGCAGGAUUAGAUGCUGUUGAUGAUGAACAAAUAGAUUAUGAAUAUACAUCAGACGAAUUGAAUGAAGAAUUAGCGAAAGAAACUAGUCAAACUGCAUUUAGUGUAUUUUGUGAAAAAGUUACAAGGAAAAAAGAUUUACCAACACCAGUUUUUGCUGUGUUUGCCGAUGCAAUAGAAAAUGUCGAAGGUUCAAUCGGAUGUUAUUUUACUGAAUCAAAUCUUUAUAGACUUUGGUUACUGUUAACAUUACCAAUUACAUUACUAAUUGAACUUAUAUAUGCAGCAGUAAAAAGAAUAUUAGGAUUAUUUGUUCCAUCAUCUUCAUCUAAUCAAUUUUUAAAUCGUUUAUUGAAUUUCGUCUGGUCAUUUUUCGGUGAUAAUGAUGAUGACUACUGUUAUCAUGUGAAUGAUUGCGAAUGUACAGACAUAUGUAUAUCAUCAAAUUACCAACAGCCCGGUGAAGAUAAUUUUCGAAUAUAUCAACGUCAAACAAGUGCACCCAUGGACAUAUGUGUUUUCACAUCAAAUGAAUCAAAUCCAUUCAGUGAUGAUGAAGAAUUGUCUCAAGUAAAUAGAUUACAAUCAACAACGAUCUAA